GCUCGGGUUGGUCUACCGAGACACUGCGAGUUGAGUGGCUCGUAGUGAACGGAUUUACUAGGUCCGAUAAAGGACAAACUAACCCAGUGCCCCAUCAGGGAGCAUGAGGUCACUGGAGAACCCAAUGGGGGGACUGUGUGGGCAUUUUACACAUUGAGAGAGUCUUGUUGACGCCUUCAUCAACCCCAAAUGCAGAUUUCUUGGCAAGACAUUCAUUGUCCAAGAUGAUUUCCACUACGUCUGGUUUGUGACUAUGAAAACAGCAUAUCAAGACAUCACUUGACCUCUGCUGAGCACACCAACUGACCAAUCACCAUGAGGGCGAAUCUUCUACACUUUGGACUAACACUCAUAGUGUUCUACACACUAGCGGAGGCCAAUAACCGCUUUCAUGAAAAAAACCAACCAUAUUAUAGGACUCCAAGACAUCGGCGAAACAAAAGUGAAAAGCCUAAUAUAGUUAUUGUGCUUACAGACGAUCAGGACCUAUUAUUAGGAUCGUUAGAUGUCAUGCCGAAAUUGAAUCGGCUGAUACGAAAUCAAGGAGCGUUUUUUAAUUAUUCAUUUUCAUCGACACCCAUGUGUUGCCCUUCAAGGAGUUCUAUAUUGACCGGCAUGUACACACACAAUCAUAAUGUGUAUACAAACAAUGACAAUUGUUCCUCUAUACAGUGGCAAAAGACCCAUGAAACAAGGACGUUUGCCACCUACCUUAAUGACAAAGGCUAUAGAACAGGUUAUUUUGGGAAAUAUUUAAAUGAGUACAAUGGAACCUACAUCCCGCCAGGCUGGAGAGAAUGGGUCGGACUAAUUCGGAACUCCCGCUACUACAAUUAUUCAAUCAACUUCAAUGGGAGGAAAAUAAAACAUCAAGAUAAUUAUUACAGUGACUAUCUGACAGAUCUCAUAGCUAAUGACAGUGUUACAUUCCUUAAACAAAGCAAACAGUAUUACCCUACCAGGCCUGUGCUGAUGGUGUUGAGUGUGCCUGCCCCUCACGGACCUGAAGAUGCUGCCCCACAGUAUCAACACAUGUUCAAAAACAACACCUCCCACAGGACACCGAGUUGGAACUUUGCUCCAAACCCAGACAAGCAAUGGCUGCUGCAGUACACAGCGUCCAUGACACCACUGUAUCGCCACUUCACCGACAUGCUGCAGAGGAAGCGGCUACAGACGUUGCAGUCAGUUGAUGAUCUUGUGGAGAAGGUUUACAAUGAGCUGAAGAUGCUUGGAGAGCUUGACAACACCUACAUCAUCUACACCUCCGACCACGGCUACCAUCUGGGACAGUAUGGGCUCGUCAAGGGCAAGGCCAUGCCAUAUGACUUCGACAUCCGGAUUCCCAUGAUAAUGAGAGGCCCUGGUAUCAUGCCGAGGACAGUGAUCAACAAUCCUGUAGCUACCGUGGACCUGGCCCCGACAAUCCUGGAUAUGGCAGGGGUGCCAACACCUGAGCAGAUGGAUGGCCGGUCCAUGCUUCGGCUUCUCAGGAUGGCCAAGGAUCAGCUGCUGGAGGCGAAUGGAGGAUUUGUCCCCAUGAAGAGGCCAUGGAGGGACACCAUCCUCAUAGAGAGAGGUAAGGUGACAAAGAAGCAGAUGACGAUGUUGAUCCGUGAGGAAAAGAAAGACUUCUGGUCUGGCUACACAAAGGACAAGGAACAGUACCAUUACUAUCUGAAUGGUCGUCUACGUAAACUGAGAGACUGCUCGAAGCCAGACUUCCAGCAGCCAUGUAAAGCCAAUCAGAAGUGGUACUGUGAGCAGACCCCGAGUGGAAUCCCCCGGAAACACAAGUGUCGUGGGGAGAACCAGGUACAGAGCGAUCAAGCGUUCGGCUGCAACUGUGCCGGGCGCAAGAAGAAGUUGAAGCAGCAAGAGAGGAAGAAUCAGCGCCGGUUCCUCAAAGCCCACCUCAAUAAACCGUACCGUCCAAAGUUUCUUCGGUCCAAGAGAUCUGUGUCUGACUUCUAUACAAUGAACAAUUCACCAGCAGUUGAUCUUCAGAGUACAAUAGGUUUUGAACUGUUUGACCGCCGAUGUCGCAUGUUGGACAACGGCACAAUAUCUUGCGACCAGGAACUGUACCAGGAUCCAGGAGCCUUACAAGACCACAAGGAGAAAAUUGAAGAGAUGAUCAAAGAAUACCGCAAGGCAUUAGAAGAUCUCAGGGCCAUUCGCCGACACCUCCAGGUUAUUCGUCGACACCUCAAGCAGCAGCGCCCUGAUGACCUGAGUAUGUUUGACCUGAACAUGAGUGGCCCUCUGUUGUCGGAGACUAUCAAUAUGGAGGACGACUGUGACUGCGAAGAUGAUGUCAUAUCAAGUUCCAAAACUUCAGGACGCUUUAAUCAGAAAGAUGAUAGGAAGAAGAUGAAGAAACGGAAGCGUCAGAGGAAGAGGAAGAAGAAUGUGAACUGUAAUUCCCCCAACAUGAAAUGCUUCACCCAUGACAAUAAUCACUGGCAGACACCCCCGAAGUGGAACUCUCAACGCAAAUGGAAACGAUUUAAUCACGAAACCUGUAGAAAAGAAGGAAUGGAAUGUGCAUUGAUGGACACCCAUCACUGGAAAACAGCACCAUUCUGGAAAUUGGGUCCAUUCUGCUUCUGCCCCAAUGCCAACAACAACACCUACUGGUGUCUCCGCACUGUCAACAUGACACACAACUUCCUGUACUGUGAGUUCAUCACUCGUUUCUUCAGUUUCUAUGAUUUCAACAAGGAUCCAUAUCAGCUUGAGAACUCUGUGGCCAAACUAAACUUUGGGGUGCUGCAGCAACUCCAUGAAGACCUGAAGCACUUGAAAGCAUGUUCUGGUCGGAAUUGUGACACUCGCAGCCGCAAAGGCGGUAAUGAUGGCAAGGCUCACGACUUAUUGGGCUCUGGUGAUGGAGACACAACGAGUCAGAAGCCGGACCAGUCAACCAGACAGAAGCUGAGAAGCAGCAUCCGGAGUAACGUGACGCAGGUGUCAACUAAACGCAGAGAUGCUUACAUGGACACCUAGCUGCCCUGGCUGUCUUAUGCACAAGAUCAAAUUAACUCCAGUCUGUAUUUCAGUCAACAAAUACAGAGGUGCUUAUAGCAAGUAAACAGUAAUGGUAAAUGAUGUUGUAUGAUGACUUGAUGUAUCGCAGGAGUUGUCAGCCGAGUAUGUAAAGUUGUGUCAUAGUGGCAACUUGAUACAUUGUGAAUGAACACAAGACGAACCCUUGAAUACAUCAUCAUGCCUGGUGAUCGACAUGGUCCCUCCCAGGCCCACAAAGCUUAGCCAUUUCUGCAAGGUCAACAUUCUUGCAGUUUCAAAUAUUCUCUACUGUAAUUUAACAUUAAAGGAUUAAACAUAUGUGAAUUUGAUUUUUGCCAUUGAUGUGAUAUGAGAUGUUUUCAUUUAUUUGUAAUGAAAACUGUAUAUAUAUUGACAAGAGAUAUCAUUUUAUCUGAAUGUACUAUAAACCUUCUGAGGUUUCAAACUAUUAAAGCAUGGAUUUAUUCUCUUCUGUUUCAAUGUUCUGUACACUUAUAAACAAGGUGGAAAAAGAAUAUUCUAAAGUUAAGAAUGGGGCGGUCGGGUAGCCUAGUGGUUAAAGCGUUCACUCGUCACGCCGAAGACCCGGGUUCGAUUCCCAACAUGGGUACAAUGUGUGAAGCCCAUUUCUGGUGUCCCCCGCCGUGAUAUUGCUGGAAUAUUGCUAAAAGUGGCGUAAAACCAUACUCACUCACUCUAAAGUUAAAAUGGUUAAUCUCCUGUAUUGCAUGUGUAUAUUCUUCAUGUACAAUUCAGACCAACAUUGGGAAUCUGUGUCUGAAUCAAUGAUGAUAUUGAGGAUUCACGAAACAACAUAUGACAAGGUUCUGCCUCCUUGAUAUGUAUGUCUUGUGUUAUUUCUUUAUUAGGUUAUAAUACAAUAAUAAGAUAUAAUCCUGGUUCUCAGGCACUUGACAUCAGUGAACACAACACUGGAAACAUUAUUUUACUUUUUGACAUUCAAAAACACUUAUCCCACCCUAUAAAAAAUAUGCCUCCUGACUGCCCUCUUAAGUUUUAGCCAUUGUUGAGCCUCUUAUUACUCAUAUAACUGUUGUCAGCGAUGGGUAUUAUAUGUCCAUGAAUAGGUAGCAGUGUAUAUGAAGCAUGUGUAAUGUCAAUGAUAAAUUAUGUUGUAUAUUUUCACCUACUGCCAUCAAGUGUUUUUGCUGCUUUGGGUAGGCACUUUUGAAGUCAUGUAUAUGCACAAGUUGUAGAUAUAUUGUCAACCGUUGUAUCACUGUUUAUAUAGUCAUGCUUUUUACAUGCGACAAGUGGAUGAAAUCAAGGAAAUGAACCUCAGUGACAACAAGCCUUUGAUGUUGGUGGUGUAGAGGACCUUGUGUGUGUUCUCACAAGCUGUUGGUGGGGUUUGUACAGAGGACCUGGUGUGUGUUCCCGUAAGCUGUUGGUGUGGGAGAUACAGAGAGCCUUGUGUGUGUGUCCUACAAGCCAUUGAUGUGUGUGGUGUGGGUGAUACAGAGAGCCUUGUGUGUGUCCUACAAGCCAUUGAUGUGUGUGGGUGAUACAGAGAGCCUUGUGUGUGUCCCACAAGCCAUUGAUGUGUGUGGUGUGGGUGAUACAGAGAGCCUUGUGUGUGUCCCACAAGCCGUUGAUGUGUGUGGUGUGGGUGAUACAGAGAGCCUUGUGUGUGUCCCACAAGCCAUUGAUGUGUGUGGUGUGGGUGAUACAGAGAGCCUUGUGUGUGUCCCACAAGCCAUUGAUGUGUGUGGUGUGGGUGAUACAGAGAGCCUUGUGUGUGUGUCCUACAAGCCAUUGAUGUGUGUGGUGUGGGUGAUACAGAGAGCCUUGUGUGUGUCCCACAAGCCAUUGAUGUGUGUGGUGUGGGUGAUACAGAGAGCCUUGUGUGUGUCCCACAAGCCAUUGAUGUGUGUGGUGUGGGUGAUACAGAGAGCCUUGUGUGUGUCCCACAAGCCAUUGAUGUGUGUGGUGUGGGUGAUACAGAGAGCCUUGUGUGUGUCCCACAAGCCGUUGAUGUGUGUGGGUGAUACAGAGAGCCUUGUGUGUGUCCUACAAGCCACAGAUAUGUGUGGUGUGGGUGAUACAGAGAGCCUUGUGUGUGUCCCACAAGCCAUUGAUGUGUGUGGUGUGGGUGAUACAGAGAGCUUUGUGUGUGUCCCACAAGCCAUUGAUGUGUGUGGUGUGGGUGAUACAGAGAGCCUUGUGUACUCCCCACAAGCCAUUGAUGUGUGUGGUGUGGGUGAUACAGAGAGCCUUGUGUGUGUCCCACAAGCCGUUGAUGUGUGUGGGUGAUACAGAGAGCCUUGUGUGUGUCCCACAAGCCAUUGAUGUGUGUGGUGUGGGUGAUACAGAGAGCCUUGUGUGUGUCCCACAAGCCGUUGAUGUGUGUGGGUGAUACAGAGAGCCUUGUGUGUGUCCCACAAGCCACAGAUAUGUGUGGUGUGGGUGAUACAGAGAGCCUUGUGUAUUCCCCACAAGCCAUUGAUGUGUGUGGUGUGGGUGAUACAGAGAGCCUUGUGUGUGUCCCACAAGCCGUUGAUGUGUGUGGGUGAUACAGAGAGCCUUGUGUGUGUGUCCUACAAGCCAUUGAUGUGUGUGGUGUGGGUGAUACAGAGAGCCUUGUGUAUUCCCCACAAGCCAUUGAUGUGUGUGGUGUGGGUGAUACAGAGAGCCUUGUGUAUUCCCCACAAGCCAUUGAUGUGUGUGGUGUGGAGGAUACAGAGAGCCUUGUGUGUGUCCCACAAGCCAUUGAUGUGUGUGGUGUGGGUGAUACAGAGAGCCUUGUGUGUGUCCCACAAGCCAUUGAUGUGUGUGGUGUGGGUGAUACAGAGAGCCUUGUGUGUGUCCCACAAGCCAUUGAUGUGUGUGGUGUGGGUGAUACAGAGAGCCUUGUGUGUGUCCCACAAGCCGUUGAUGUGUGUGGGUGAUACAGAGAGCCUUGUGUGUGUCCUACAAGCCACAGAUAUGUGUGGUGUGGGUGAUACAGAGAGCCUUGUGUGUGUCCCACAAGCCAUUGAUGUGUGUGGUGUGGGUGAUACAGAGAGCCUUGUGUGUGUCCCACAAGCCAUUGAUGUGUGUGGUGUGGGUGAUACAGAGAGCCUUGUGUACUCCCCACAAGCCAUUGAUGUGUGUGGUGUGGGUGAUACAGAGAGCCUUGUGUGUGUCCAACAAGCCGUUGAUGUGUGUGGGUGAUACAGAGAGCCUUGUGUGUGUCCCACAAGCCAUUGAUGUGUGUGGUGUGGGUGAUACAGAGAGCCUUGUGUGUGUCCCACAAGCCGUUGAUGUGUGUGGGUGAUACAGAGAGCCUUGUGUGUGUCCCACAAGCCACAGAUAUGUGUGGUGUGGGUGAUACAGAGAGCCUUGUGUAUUCCCCACAAGCCAUUGAUGUGUGUGGUGUGGGUGAUACAGAGAGCCUUGUGUGUGUCCCACAAGCCGUUGAUGUGUGUGGGUGAUACAGAGAGCCUUGUGUGUGUGUCCUACAAGCCAUUGAUGUGUGUGGUGUGGGUGAUACAGAGAGCCUUGUGUAUUCCCCACAAGCCAUUGAUGUGUGUGGUGUGGGUGAUACAGAGAGCCUUGUGUAUUCCCCACAAGCCAUUGAUGUGUGUGGUGUGGAGGAUACAGAGAGCCUUGUGUGUGUCCCACAAGCCAUUGAUGUGUGUGGUGUGGGUGAUACAGAGAGCCUUGUGUGUGUCCCACAAGCCAUUGAUGUGUGUGGUGUGGGUGAUACAGAGAGCCUUGUGUAUUCCCCACAAGCCAUUGAUGUGUGUGGUGUGGGUGAUACAGAGAGCCUUGUGUGUGUCCCACAAGCCGUUGAUGUGUGUGGGUGAUACAGAGAGCCUUGUGUGUGUCCCACAAGCCGUUGAUGUGUGUGGGUGAUACAGAGAGCCUUGUAUGUGUCCCACAAGCCAUUGAUGUGUGUGGGUGAUACAGAGAGCCUUGUGUGUGUCCCACAAGCCGUUGAUGUGUGUGGGUGAUACAGAGAGCCUUGUGUGUGUCCCACAAGCCAUUGAUGUGUGUGGUGUGGGUGAUACAGAGAGCCUUGUGUAUUCCCCACAAGCCAUUGAUGUGUGUGGUGUGGGUGAUACAGAGAGCCUUGUGUGUGUCCCACAAGCCAUUGAUGUGUGUGGUGUGGGUGAUACAGAGAGCCUUGUGUGUGUCCCACAAGCCGUUGAUGUGUGUGGGUGAUACAGAGAGCCUUGUGUGUGUCCCACAAGCCAUUGAUGUGUGUGGUGUGGAGGAUACAGAGAGCCAUGUCAUGAUGUGUGUGUCCCUCAAGCCACUGAUGUGUGGUGUGUGUGGGAGAUACAGAGGGGCUUGUAUAUUCCCCACAAGCCACUGAUGUGUGUGGUGUGGAGGAUACAGAGAGCCAUGUCAUGAUGUGUGUGUCCCUCAAGCCACUGAUGUGUGGUGUGUGUGGGAGAUACAGAGGGGCUUGUAUAUUCCCCACAAGCCACUGAUGUGUGUGGUGUGGAGGAUACAGAGAGCCAUGUCAUGAUGUGUGUGUCCCUCAAGCCACUGAUGUUUGGUGUGUGUGGGAGAUACAGAGGGCCUUAUGCGUGUUCGUCACACAGAUGAAUGUGCUGCACAUCAUGUUCUCCAGUGGUGGAUUGAUGUCUAUACUGCUUCUAUCUUAUUGGAAACUUUGCAAAAAGAACAGACCGUGAAUGAGAUCAAACUGAAGAUGUUGAAGGAUCAGAGACAAAAACAAACAGGUGCAGACAGUGAAACUGAUGACACAGGACAUUUGUUCUGGUGCAGCCAGACUGGAUGUAACAGUGUCUACAGACGCCUCCUCUGGACAAUGUAUUCUACACAAUACUGCAGUCAUAGUUAGCUACUGUUUGUCACUUUUUUCUGUAUUAAUCUUGAUAUUUCUGUAGCAUGUUUGAGCCUGGUUCGAAAAUGACCACAUCUUCAGUUGGAGAAGGUAUAUCGUUGCUGUCUUUGCGUUGUGCGCUUUGCAGAAUGACGUCCAUGACAUUUCACACAACAAUUAAAUGCGUAAACCAAGAAAUAGGACAGUGAUGAACAUUUGGUUGAUGAGGCUGGUGGAAGAUGAAAUCCCCCGCACCUGACUGGACAUGUACAUUAACAGUAUCAUAUCCUCUUUGUAUCUCUGUCUUGUGACAGCCUGUGUGUGUAUAUUGAUGUAUAGUAGUUUGGGAUAUUGUUACGUCAAGCUAUUGUGUCAGUAUGCCUUUGUCACGUCUCAUUGUAGAUACCUUUGGGAUCAUUUUCUCUUUCUGCAGAAGUGGGUUAGUUGUUAAUACUUGGUAUUAUAUACUGUGUGUUUACUUUGAACAAAGUCAUUGUAGAAUGCAGAAUGUCAGUGACGACAGGAAGGAAACUGUGCUAGCUCCAUGGUAGGUGCUGACAUCACUACCAUGGUACAAGGCUGUGUCCCUUAGGCAUGACCAAUAAGUUUAGCAAUGAACCAGAAGAGGAACAGAACAUAUUUUGUUGUUGUAACUACUCCAUUGUUCUCUUUGUGAUUUAUGUGCACUUUCUUUAUGUACAUGUAGUAUGUUUCUGUGUGAUAGUCCCUUGUGUAAGGAGAUGUAGAAUUCUACAGUGUUUUUGAAAUGUGGUGUAUUUGGAAAUAAAGAUGGGUCCGUGAGAUAUGCCUUGAUAAUAAAUAUGUUGUGCUCUAAAUCAAAACGUUAACAUUUCCUCAGGUUUUUCAGUUUAACUAUUCAUCAACUAUCCAACUAAGGAAAAGAUAUAUUCAACCAAAGUACAUACCGUAUUCGACGCAAUAAGCAUCCCGCUCUAAUAAGCGCCCACAGCGACAUUUGCUAAGAUAUUGGCUAUUGAACAAUCCCAAUCAGCACCCCUUCCGAGUGAUCAAUGUACACAAGACUUAUUUAUUCGCGUAUACUAUGCACUCGUGUGUUUUACGCACCCUUAAUUAUGGGCAUUUAAUUCUGGAAAAAUAUAUCUGUCGUACAUAAACAUUUAAGGAUUCUGGCAUAAACCACGAAAUAUAUCUUUCAACUCUGUUUUUUCCAUCAAAAUAACAUUCUAAUAAGAGCCCCCUAUUUCUAAUUUUGAGAGCGCCCUGGGCGCUUAUUAAGUCGAAUACGGUAGCUUGAUCCAGCUAUACACACUUGGUAACACAGCACAUGUCUCCGGGUGAUUGGGUACCUCUUGGCUCCCUGUGUUGACAUUAGAUAUGGUACCUCUUGGCUCCCUGUGGCGACAUUAGAUAUGGUACCUCUUGGCUCCCUGUGUUGACAUGAGAUAUGGUACCUCUUAGCUCCCUGUGUCGACAUUAGAUAUGGUACCUCUUGGCUCCCUGUGUCGACAUUAGAUAUGGUACCUCUUAGCUCCCUGUGUCGACAUGAGAUAUGGUACCUCUUAGCUCCCUGUGUCGACAUUAGAUAUGGUACCUCUUAGCUCCCUGUGUCGACAUUAGAUAUGGUACCUCUUGGCUCCCUGUGUCGACAUUAGAUAUGGUACCUCUUGUCUCCCUGUGUCGAUAUUAGAUAUGGUACCUCUUGUCUCCCUGUGUCGACAUGAGAUAUGGUACCUCUUGGCUCCCUGUGUCGACAUUAGAUAUGGUACCUCUUGUCUCCCUGUGUCGACAUUAGAUAUGGUACCUCUUGUCUCCCUGUGUCGACAUGAGAUAUGGUACUUCUUGGCUCCCUGUGUCAAUAUUAGAUAUGGUACCUUGGCCCUCUAUGAAUUAUGGCACUGCCUGAACAUUUAGUUUUGAAACAGUUUCUAUAGAAAAGUAGUUUAUUGAGUGGCUGUGUGUUGAGUACAGGGCAAGUAUAGGCACUCAACAUGUGGCAGUAGCUAUACUGCCUAGCUUGGCAUUUCACUCCUUAUUUGGGGUGUACACAUCUACACUGAAUUGAAAUGUCUGACUGAUCAGCAGCAAAUUUACUGUAAAUGUAGGAAACUGAAAAUGAAAGAGAUGGGGUUCUUGUCAUAGGCAAAAUGGUAAAUUGUAUAGACUGAGGGUGCCGUAAACUGUAAAUGUAGGAAACUGAGAAUGAAAGAGAUGGGGUUCUUGAGAUGGGGUUCUUGUCAUAGGCAAAAUGGUAAAUUGUAUAGAUUGAGGGGGCCGUAAACUGUAAAUGUAGGAAACUGAGAAUGAAAGAGAUGGGGUUCUUGUCAUAGGCAAAAUGGUAAAUUGUAUAGAUUGAGGGGGCCGUAAACCGUAAAUGUAGGAAACUGAGAAUGAAAGAGAUGGGGUUCUUGUCAUAGGCAAAAUGGUAAAUUGUAUAGAUUGAGGGGGCCGUAAAAAUACUAUAACAGUAAAAACAAGCCACGUUAUAGACAGUAGACUUAAUGAGGUAGAAAUACCUCUUGUAACUGUAUGGUAAAUUUCCUAAUUAUAAAACACACUAUAUUUUAUCUAUCCAAAUGAACAUAUUUUUAUCAAAACAAUAGUUGCAGAGUUCAAUUUUUUUCCUUUUGCAAAUUUUGAAGUUGGUUUAUCUGUAACAGAAAAAAUGACUUGGUAAUAUUCAGAGAUGUACCAAGAAAGACAUUGUUUUGAUUGAGCGUAGAUGGGGUUGAAGUGACCAGCCAUACCUGUGGUACGUUUGUCUGUGACAGGAGCAGAUAACUCUCAAGCAAUGUGUAACUUGUUCUGUUUUUAUUUGUAGACUGAAUAUUAUGUCAUUUUAGAUUAUAUAUAUUUUUCUGUUCUGAGAUAUUUUUAUCAAAAAGCUUUUUCGCCAUGUGAAGAGAAAAUAUCUGAAAUAAAUCUUUUUGAACUUUUA